UAUCUAUGGAUAUUGUUUUUAGUCGGUUUCAGUGAAUUUGCUGGUGAUUGCUAAUUUUCCUGGUAAAUUUGCAGUUAAUAAAUUGAAGCCCAUUAAAAUAAGCGAUUUAUAUGUUACGAUCAAAUUAAGUCCAGCGUAAUUUUAAAGGAAGGACAACUUCUGUAAGAAUGAACACCGAACAUUCAGAAAGUGAUACCAGUGAUGAGGACUACAAUCCUAAUGAAGAAAAAACAGAAAUAGUAUCUGAAGAAGAAUCAAAUGAUGAUUCAGAAGGAGCACAUAGUGAUAAUGAAGAAAAUCUUAAGAAAGGAAGAAAGAAAGGAAAAAGUAAACCUGCUAGAAAAAGAACUAAGAGAGAGUCAGAUGAGGACGAAAAUAAGACAAUUAAAACUGAAACUCGAAAACCAGAAGAUGAGAAAAAGCGAGUGGAUGCUCUCUGGGCAGAUUUUAUGAAAGAUACUGGUUUUAAACCUCGCUCAGAACUGCUAAAAAAUGAGUCAAAAACAAAUACAAGUAGUGAACAACAACAAAAGAAACCUGAACUUAAAAAGGAAGAUAAAAUUAAAAUUACCCAAGUAUUCGACUUUGCUGGAGAAGAAAUUAAAGUAGAGAAAGAAAUUCCAGUAAGUUCAGAUGAAGCAAAAGGCUUGGUAAAUGAAAAUAGCUCUACCUCUACAAAUUCUGGUAAAAAAGUGCGAAAAGGUGGUUUGAAUUCUGUUCUUGGUCAGAUUGGAAAAAAAAGUAAAAUAAAUACCUUGGAUAAAACAAAAUUAGACUGGGAUCAAUAUAAAAAAGAGGAAAAUAUUGAAGAGGAAUUGAAAGCUUAUAGCAAAAGUAAAGAUGGGUAUCUUGAGAGGCAAGAUUUUCUACAAAGAGCAGAUUUACGACGAUUUGAAAUUGAAAAAAGUGUUAGAAAUUCAUUAAGAGCUAAUAGAUUAAACAAUGGCACUUAACUUUGAAUAGAAUUAAAUAAAAUAAGAAAUAAGGAAAAACGACCAUUGGAAAAUGAAUAUCUAUGAACUAAUUUCCACAAAGUUCACUCUAAAAAUUGUGUAGUGAAAACUGUUUCUAAAAUCAUAUUUGAGUGUUGGGUGUUUAAUUUUUUCUUUUAUUACAAGUAAUGUAUAAUUUCACAAAUCUUUUAAGUUGCUGAAUCAUAUUAAUCAAAGAAGUUUUUAACAUGCUUUGAAUACAGGUAAGAACUGAAUAUAUAAUUGCUUAUAUAACAUUCCUGUUUUAUAAAAAAAGUUAGUUGUCAUUUAUCAACAAUUAUUGUAAAUUUUGAAAUAUCUAGUUACUAGUUAGUAAUCAAAAACUUUGCAUUUCUUUGGAUUGUAUUAUUUAUCGUCA